UACACAAGUAGAUUAGACGCCUGAUGCUUGCCUGGUGCUGGAUUAUUAGAAGGAUCAUUUCUCCAAAGCGGGAGAAGUGAUUAGACAUCAGCAUGCUGUGCGUUUCUGCAUAGCGAGAGUUUAACAACCUCAGCUCUUUCAAUGAUUCAGUUCUUCAAGCGUUCAGUUGUGUCUUCACUGUGGUGCCUCAAGCUGAGCAGAUGGUUUUCUCCAAGGAAUCAACUACUUCAUGUGGUUUCACUCUCCAUCUCACUCUCGUCAUGAGCAAGAAUGAAUAUUAACAGAGAAGGACAGCGAAUCAAUUAGGUGGAUGUCAGGUUACCUGCAGAGUUUGGACAGGUGAAGGUGUGUGAAGCUUCAGAAAGAAGGAAGAACUUUGGAAAUUAGAUCUCUUACCAGCGUGCUUCUGGAGAAUCUGGAGAGAUGUCCAAACCUUCACGUCUGGUCAAACCUUCCAAGCAGUCCCGAAAGCAACCUCCAGGGAGUCGCUCGCACAUGCUGGUCGUCGGGGAGAGGUUGAUGAGGGCUGGCAGUGAGGGCAACCUGGUGAGAACCAGACCACCCCAGAAGCCUUCUGACACAAAUCUAAUGGGUUCCAAUCCAGAGCCAGCGAGAAGCAACCAGAGGCUGUGCUCCCAUGAGGAUGUGGAUAGCCACAGCAGAAAACAAAGCAGUGCAGACGAGAGCGAGCAGUCAGACCCCUGGUCCCCUCGCACGGUCCCCAGGAGACACACGGUAGGAGGACCUCGCACUGCUGGGGACGUGAUCAUCAUGCAGUCCUACAACAUGGACCACAAGAAAGAGGCCUUUCUUGAGCACCUGAAACAGAAGUAUCCCCACCAUGCUUCUGUAAUUAUGGGGCACCAGGAAAGACUCAGAGACCAGAUCAGGAGUUCUGGGCACAGUGUAACCCCUCAGUCUGCUCUAGGGGAGCCAGGGGAGCAUCUCUCUUUGGCCUCUCUUGAGUCUUUGGAGGCCAUGUCGGAGGGAGAAGCCCCCUCCGCCUUCACCCGAGGCAGCCGCUCCCGAGCGAGCCUCCCCGUGGUCAAGUCAAAUAACCAAACCAAGGACAGGUCAUUAGGUGUCCUCUACCUGCAGUAUGGAGAAGAGACUAAACAGAUUCGAAUGCCCAAUGAGGUGACGGGUGCAGACACCAUCAAGGCUCUGUUUGUCAGUGCCUUCCCUCAGCACCUCACUAUGAAGACACUGGAGUCCCCCAGCGUGGCUAUUUACAUCAAAGAUGACAUGAGGAAUAUGUACUACGAGUUGACUGAUGUCAGGAACAUUACGUCACAGUCUUGCCUGAAAGUGUAUCACAAAGACCCAGCCCAGGCUUUUAAUCACAAUGCAAGAGCCAAUAAUGGAGAAAUUAGGAUCACAAGAGAGCGGCUCUACAGCGGCAGACAGCAGCCUGGAGGCCAAAGCCCAGUGCACACUCUGCCUCACAGUCCCAUACAUUCAGUCCAGGGCUCUAUGUCUCCUCCUACACCUCGCUCCAUGCCCUCAUCUCCUUCCAGGAUCCCUUUCGGUCACUCUGUUGCCAUGCCCGGUGGCGCCACCUUACCCAGGGACCGCAUGUCCAACGCGCCCCCAAGUCGUUCCAUCACACCGUGCUCCAGUGCCAUCCUGGAGCGACGAGACGUGAAACCAGAUGAGGAUCUGAGCAGCAAGAGCACUCCUUUGUAUCCAGAAGCAUACGGUUCACCUGAGGCCAGGCUCAGCGUUGCCUCAUCGCAAGGCAGCCAUACUGGAGACGUCCCGGAUGGGGCAGCCUACAUCCAGCACCGCUCCACUAUCAAGUCUGUAGGUGCGUACACAGAUGGCCAGGAUCUGCAGCACUCUCUCUACAGACAGAAAUCUCGCAAGUACAGUGAGAGUCAGCUCGCCUCCAUGGGCUCCAAAACGCCGCCUGCCUCUCCUCACAGGGUCAAUGAGGUCAGAAUGAUCGACAUGCUCCCAGGCCAGAACUCCCACAUGGCCUCACAAGGUGUGGCAGCGGAAAGAGCGUCACCUGUGAGAAGAUCUUUCCGCAAGGACAGUAAUGGGGCCGUGGAGGUGGCGACCAGGGUGAGAGGCAAUGUGGCCUCCCCUGUUUUUGCCGACCUUCCACCCAGUCACGGAGAGAGGCCUUUUCAAGGACACGUGGCAGCUGGAGAUCCUCAGAGUGAAAGAAUAAAGGCAAUGGAGCAGCAGAUAGCCAGUCUUACUGGACUCGUUCAACACGCUCUCAUGAAAGGGCCAAAUACAAGUGCCAAAGAGACUUCCAGUGAAAAACCAGUAAAGAUGGCUUCUCCGUCACAGAAUGGUGGCGUCUGUACUAUAAUAUCAUCUGAAGACCCAGUUGUGCAGACAGACAUUAUUUCAGCACAGGUUCAGCUUCCUGUCAGAGACCCUGCUAUAUGCUCAGUCCUCUCUACCUUCAGGAGAAACGUCUCUGACCUCAGACUGCAGCUCCAUCAACUCAAACAGAUGCAGCUGGAAAACCAGGAUGCCAUGAGGCAGAUGCUGCUGCAGGUAGAGCAGGAGAUCUCAGACAGGCUUUCAGACUCUUUGCCGCACACCGAGGACCCUGUUCAUAGACAACGAGUCCAGGUGGAAGAAGAAAGACACAGAUAUCUGGGCAUGGAGGAGACGGUUCUUGUGCAGCUCGGAGAGCUGGAGAACUAUGUGGAGAUGCUCAAGAAAGAAUCCACCUGUGCCGUGAGCAACCGACCGGUCACUCUGAAGGAUGUGGAGGAAGGGGCGGUCAAUUUAAGAAAAGUAGGAGAAGCUUUGGCCACACUCAAAGGAGAGUUCCCAGCCCUGCAGAUGAAAAUGCGUGCUGUGUUGAGGGUGGAGGUCGAGGCGGUGCGCUUCCUUAAGGAGGAGCCGCACAAAAUGGACAGCAUGUUAAAAAGAGUCAAAGCCCUGACUGACGCUCUCAGUGGACUGAGAAGAUACACCACUGAAAGCCACAACCAUACUCCUGACACAGUCCAAGGCAAGGCGUCACCAGCUGAUUCAGUUUCCUAUGUGGAAGAGUACAGAUCUCCAAAACCGGUUUGUGAGUCCCCCACCCCACAGCCAAGAUCACCUGCCAAAGUCAGCUGUUCAGAGCCUGUGCCAUCUUCUCCAGUCAAUGUGCACCGCAUUCAGACGGCUCCCAUCAGCACACACCACCCCAGUCCCCCGCUCACACCCACCCAUGGCAGGGACUCCCCCACUGUGGCCAAGGUCAGUCCCAGGAGCAGAGAAAACAGCCCUGCCUUGCAAAAGAGAGCAGGUCCGCAGGGACAGGAAGCUGUGCCAGCAACCGAGGCCAUCAGCACGACUGGAUCCUCCUCAGCAGAGGAGAUCUCUGUCAACACGAGCAGGCCCGUGCCUGAAGAGAUUUCAAAACAGGCAGCAGUGGAAGACAAGACUCACUCUACUGGGCUAGGAGCAGAAAAGGAAAUGGAAAGGAUCCUUCAGCAGACCCAGGCCAGCCUUAUGAAGGCCAUACCUGACCUGGAAGUGAGCAAACAGGUGGACAGCACCCCCUCCCAACCUCCUAGCAUCUUGCCGGAUGAGGUGGACUCUCCACAUCCUGUGUCUCCACUCCCUGAAGCCUCACCACGGGAUGGACCGAAAGCAGAUAAACCAGUCCAGACCAGUUUGGAGAGGCCACAGAAGCCGACCAUAGAGAAGCCCCACAGGGCCAGUGUUGACAGAGUACAACCCAGCCCUGAAACGGCCAGCAAAUCACCUCCCCCUCCCCCUCCACGCAGAUUCUACGCCUCUGGAAGCGGACUCACCACUGGACGUUCAGGAGAGGUGAUCUACACCACCCGGAAAGAGUCCACGAGCGCACAGGAGGGUGAAGAGGAGGCCCCGAAGCCCAAACCCUUGCGUGUGCCCCCAGAGGUCAAGCCCAAGCCUCGCACCCCUCCUCCUGUCAACACCUCCACCUUACAAGAUGAAGAGGAUGAAGGAGAUAAGAUCAUGGCUGAGCUACAGGACAGAAAGCUCACCCGUACACAGCCUAAUGACCGUACCCUUACCCAUCCUCAGGUGUUUCAGAAGUGCACAAAAAAAGAUUUACAGCCCAGAUAUAUUGUUGAUCUCACAACCCGUGAGCCCUCAGACAGUGCGAUGGAGCCAGGGCUUUCCCUGUCUUACCACACAAAGCAGACCACCUCUCAUCUAUCUGAAGAAGGAACACUAUCUGAAAGUAAGGAAGAUAGUGCAACACCUGGUUCACCUGAGGUCAUGUAUUAUAUCACUGGAGCAACAAAAACAUCAAGGCAGAGCACCUCUAGGCCAGAGGACCUAAAGGAGCCCAAGGAAGCAACUUUUUCUCCUUCAAAGGUUGCACCUGAGAAUGCUUCUGACCUUUCCCAGCAGCAAAUUUUUUUUAAAUCAAAUGACUUAUCUGUAAUUUCACUUCAGCCAAGCCAAUCAGUCAAGGAGGCCCAAAGCAAGCUAAAUAAUAUACAUAAGGUGCCAUCUGGCCCAUUUAGCUCUUUAAAGAAUGGCACUGAAGCUGAAAAAGGGUCAUCACUCAUUAAUCCCAAAGAGUUCAAGACUGAAUCAGUGCUGAAGUCCCUAAAGCAGGUUGUUCCUACACCUUCUGAGAAAGUUUCACCUGUUGAGGAGAAGUUAGAGCCGCAGAUACUGCAUACAUCUCCUGAGCAAGCCGCACCUGUUAUGGAUAAGUCAAUAAAGCAUGGACAUCGCACAACCACUGUUCAAGUUACACUUGUUAGCAAGAUUCCACAAAGUGCUGAACUUCAAGUUCACUCACCAGUCUUUCAGCCAAACACUGAUGCCUUAUUUUCAACACAACCAAAUGACUAUAGGAGUGAGCAGGAUGUAACAAAGAGAUCAUCUGAAAAUCAGGCCAGAUACACUGAGGGGGCCAGUUUAAGUCCAGACCUCCCAGGAGAAGAAGGUCCUCCUCCACCAAAUAACAUUGCCUUUAGGAUCACUAAAACAAAGGUACAGGCUCUAUCAACUGGAGAGUACCAACAACUAGUAAACAGUAAAGGCACAGAUGUCCAAACUGUUAAAGUGGGCUCAGAACCAACUCUGUCUGCCCCUGAGGACUCUGGAAUUGACAAGAAGCCAGUUAUCAUAAUUUUUGACGAGCCUAUGGACAUCUGCCAGGCCUAUAAGCGACUGUCCACCAUUUUUGAGUGUGAAGAAGAGCUGGAGAGGGUGCUUUCAGAAGAAAGGAUAGAGGAAGAAAACGAGGAGGAAGUGGAAGCCAACUCAGUUCAGGUCGGUCAGAUAAUGCUUAGAAAUAAUCUAGAUCAGUGCAGAGGUGAGAAUAGGGUAAACAAUGAGAGAAGUAGUAGCGUUCCAGUGCCUCUACAACAGCAGAGUUCCUUUGAGAGUCCUGCUCCUACUGUUGAGGAAGGAGGCAAAACAGAAUCUCCUAAAGAUGCGAAAAAGAAAUUCAAGUUUAAGUUCCCCAAGAAACAGCUUGUAGCUAUUGGCCAGGCUCUUCGUACGGGAACAAAAACUGGCAAAAAGACACUGCAGGUAGUUGUCUACGAAGACGAAGAGGAACCAGAUGGAACCGUGACGGAGCUCAAAGAAGCUAAAAGGUUUGAGAUCAAGUCCCACACAGACUCUGAUUCUACCACCCCUAGGUCUUUAUCGCAAAACCAGACUACAACAUCCCAGAGCACUAAAGACAGAACUGAGGAACUCCGUAAGACUACUUAUCAAACAUUAGACAGCCUUGAGCAGACCAUUAAACAGUUAGAAAGCACCAUAAGUGAUAUUAGGCCUACAUUGGUUUCUGAAGUUUCCCGCAAAGAGGAAUCUAAAGCAAAGAGAAUGGCCAGUGAUGCAGAACCAGAGGAGGGCAGUCCCACAAAAAAGCCAGCACCUCUGCCCAAACCCCACAAGUCAUCUCUGCAAAAGAGAUCCAAAACACAGUCUCGGUCCUCUUCAAGCACGUCCUCCAGUUCCUCCAGCAGUAAACAGAACUCUGGUGACUCUCUAGCUUCGAGUCGGAUUUCCUCACCCAAGUCUCGCCAGCAGCCAGCAGGGAGUGUGGAAAAACCCGGAAAACCUCAAAAGCUCCAGGAUUCCCAGAGGCAAUUCCGUCAGGUAGUUUUACUGUAGGGCAGUGUAAGGCAUGAAGACAGAUGGGAAACUAGUUUUAUUGUGGACACACAGGGAUCUAGUAUGAUGAUCUCUCUAUCUCUCUCCACUACAAUUCAUCAUAACCAACUCCUUGUGCAUGUUUAUCAUUUACACAUAGACACUUUCAAGAUAUGCUUUAAUUUUUUUACCCACUCUUGCACUCCCUGGGAAUCAAACCUACGACCUGGCUGUUGUUAGUUGAACGCUCUAUCAAUUGAGCUAUACAGGAAAACUGCACCACUGUUGUUAACCAACAGUCAAUCGUAAGAGAACUACUGCAUUGAUUGGGGAGUGCUGGUUUAUAUUUCCCUUUCUUUGGAUUAUGAAGAUAUUUUGAAGAACCUGGUGCCCAAAUUUCUCCUUUUAUUCUUUCUUGCCUCUCUUUACUGCUUAAUGUGUGAAAUAGACUGUGAUAGAAAAGAAACAAAAUUAUGCAUUUUGUUACAAGAGUAAUAUUUUUGUUGGUGUUGUACUGUAGAAUAUUUUUAUGGACUAUAGAGCUCUAUAUUUUCACGUACGUGUUAUCAUCCUACUUGACUUUCCAUGUCUUCCGGCAUCUUUGUUCGCAGGCUAACAGGAGUGCUAUGAAAGCUGGUGGGAAUAGUAAACAUGCUUUCCUUGCUUUGCCUGCUUCUAAGAUCCCAGCUUUUUUACCUAGCUCAUGGCAGCGUAGCUCAACCCAUGCUGCUCGUUCUAGGCUUACUAACCAAACCUCUUCGUCUUCU